GAUCAUCAUCCUUCGUGAUUGGAUAUGGCAAGAGGCUGAGUUGUCCGGCAGGGACACAAGUCAGGUUCCUCCUCAGCCUAUUGUUAGAUGGGAGUGAGAACGUGAAAUGAAAUGGAUAAGUAUUAAUCUCCGUGCUGUUGCUCAUCAUUUUGUUUUCAUGCUGGGAGUGAAUGUGAAGCGGCUGCUUGAUUGACUCACAAACGUACGACAUCACAGCAAGGGAAGAUUGGAGUGAAUCACCAAGACUUGCGGCGGGGAUAGAGAUUGAGCUGGCUGUCAGAGCUUUCAACAUCUAAAUGUCAAACCCCAGACCGCGUCCAGCAACCCAAUCACCAGCGGAAAGCCAACAGAUUUACGAUUAUUAUUCACAGUCAAAAAUGGCACAACAACCCCAAAAGCCUCAAAGGAGUCUUUGGGACCGUGAACCAGCAGAUGUCGCAAAUAUGCCUCCGGUCUACACUCAAGAAUACGUAUACAAGGCGCCAGCUCAACCUCAACCUACACACCUCAUGACUGAUGGCAAGGGAGCUCCGAGGGAAUUGGUGUAUGUUCAGCAACAAAAGGUCGAGAAGAAACAUAACAAAGAAGAUGUCGCUUUGGGAUGUUGUGCAGGAUGUGCCGCAGCUUGCUGUUGUUGCAGUUGCAGCGUGAUGUGAAUUUAUGGCUUAGAAUUUUGGGUGAUAGGAGCUGCUGCAGGGCCAUGGAGUAUUUUGGAUAUCGGGCAGCUUGCGGCAACAAAAGAAUACCAUCGUGAGAUAAUGGAGUUUGGGCUAUUGAUAUCGAUUGGGAUUUUGGAAAACUUGCGGAGAAUAUCGACAUAGCAGCAAUUAAAUUUGGAUAUAAUGGGAAACAGCAGAAAUGCCAUGGGUACAGGCUGGAUUGUAUCGGGAUAGGCGUCUGGUCUUAAAGUUGGUGCCUCGCAUCAAGGAUACGUUGUCAAAAGCUUUUCUUUCAUGAGUUUCGUGUAAUCUAUAUCCAGGAAAUCA